AUGGCCGGCACAAAACGUUCCUGGGAAGGCAAACCACUCCGCGACGACGGCACCCGCUCCCAAAUCGCCAUCACAAUGACCGACAACGAACCCGCGACCCCGAUCCUCGCCAUGUUCGGCACUUUUCGCGACGAGCUAGACGAGCACCAUGAUCGGCGGGAACGGUUGAUUAAGAUAUCCAGGGAUAUCACAGGGUUGAGUAAGAAGAUUGUCCGAACCCUCCCAACUCCGACCCUCCCGCCCUCCAUCGAAAAAGAAACCUCCUCCCGCUUCACCCAAAUCAACGACCUCUUCCUCUCCGCCGUCCCCGAACUCAACGCCCUCAAGAGCUGGCGCUACCAACGCCAAAUCAGCUCCGGAGUGCAGGAGUACAUCGAGGCGCUGUCGUUCCACUAUUAUCUGCGUCAUCAGAGCUUGAUUUCCCUGCCCCAGGUCCGCGAGAGUCUUCCGGAUGGGAUCCUUGUCUCGGAGGAGGAUUAUUUGAUGGGGUUGUUUGAUUUGACGGGGGAGAUGAUGCGGUUUGCGGUUAUGGCGUUGUCGAGUGGACAGGCCCAGGCUAAGUCUAACCCCGAGGUGGCUGAGGAUGGGGAGGCAAAGGGAGAGGGAGAGGGAGAAGGGGAGGCGGCUGGUCCGUCGAAACCCUCGCUUAGUAGCUCGCAGGCUGGGAUUGUGGUUGAUUUGCAGGCCUUGAGGUCUUUGUUUGAGGGGCUGAGUGUGCCAAGGAGACAUUUCAUGUUUAAGGAUUUGGGGAAGAAGACGGAUGUUAUGCAGAGUAGUGUGGAGAAGGUGGAGCGGGCUGCGUAUGGCAUCUUGGUGAGAGGGAGUGAGAGGCCGGCGGGAUGGAUGCCGGAUUUGUCGUCGGCGCAGGUCGAGAUGGAGAGUUAUUGA